CAAGGCCUCCUGAUUUCCUGCGAGCGCGAAACCAUCCGGCAAGAAAAUGACGACAGAGAUCGAGAAACACUCAAACACAGACUUCACUGUGAUCUUCAAUGGAUCCGACUACAUCAAGACGACGCUGACGUCCUACGGCGACAAAGUCCAUACCUGGAUAUCAGAGAUCCUCCGAAUCCAUCGCCGCAGGCUCUCACGCCUAAUCGUCGGCAUCGAUCUCGAAUGGCGCCCUUCCUACUCUCGCCACCAGAAUCCCAUUGCCUUACUGCAGCUUUGCGUCGGCCGACGUUGCCUCAUAUUCCAACUUCUCUUCGCCGACUAUAUCCCCAAUUCUCUCCACGAAUUCCUCGCAGACUCGCGCUUCACCUUCGUAGGGGUCGGAGUCAAGGCCGACGUCGAUCGUCUCGCUAACGAGAUACGUUUGGACGUCUCCAAUUCAGUCGAUCUUAGGGAUCUCGCGAAAGAUGUGAUGGGGCGAAAUGACAUGAUGCAGAAGGGGCUCGCCGGGAUUGCCUGGGAGGUAAUGGGGGUUUCCAUGUAUAAGCCGAAAUAUGUGACGAUGAGCCGGUGGGAUAAAGCUUAUCUUUCAUUGGAUCAGAUAAUGUACGCGUGUGUUGAUGCUUUUGUCUCAUUCGAGAUCGGCAGGAGGCUCAACGACGGCGAUUUCUGAGAAUUUGGUUUUAGAAAAAUACUUUAGGGUUUAUGGUUUUACCUAUCUUGUUUUUUUCCCUUUGGUUUUAGAGUUUGGUUUUAGAAAAUUAAACGACUGUUUGAUUGAAGUAUAUGCUCUGGAAAAGAAAUGUUCAUAUGA